AUGAAAAAUCACAGCUAUGAAUAUGUUGAAGCUUAGAAAGCCUUCAGGUUCAACCCAAUAAGAGAAAAUUCCUUAUUUAGGUUAGACGAAUUUUUUCAAGCUUAUCAAAAGAUUCAAAAUGUAGUUAGUUUGAAAUUACCUAUUGGUUAUCAUUUCAGAGUAGCAAAAAUUAGUAGUGUUGAAAUGAGCGGAAAUGAGUUGUUUGUUAAAUUUUAUUAUGAUGGACCAUAUGGCAACAAAUUGUAAGUUAUUUAUGGUCAAUAAUAAUUUGCUCGUUUUCUGCCCACAGGAGAGAAGAGUCAAGAGAAAUCUCCAGAUAAAAGCAAAAUAGAUGUUCUUGGAAUCAAAUCAGUCUUUUAAUCUUUAAUUGAAACAUUCCAUUGGUGCGCUAAUUUUGGGUUGUUUGUGGAUCCAUAAACUGAAAAUCUACUUUACAAAGAAGCUGAGACUGAUUUUUAUUUAUAUAUACCUAGUUUCACUCACAUUGCUUAAUUCUUUGCUGAUAAAUAAUAAACAUAACUAAAAAUUUUUGAUGAAUUUAGAAACAAGGAAUAUUAAAACUUAACAUUUAUCUUUCUGAUGCGCUUCCUUAAUUGGUUUUUUGAUUUAAUCAAAUAGCAGGAUGAGGAUAUUAACCUAUAUAAGAAAAUUAAGGAAAAAUAUAUAUUCAAUGAAUCCUUAGAAGCAAUCAACCCAAUUUUACUUAAUGAAUCAUGUUUUGGAGUAGAUCAUAUCUAUUCUGAAGAUUUAGUUAAGAAAAAAAUGAUUAGGUAUGGUUUGAAGCAAACCUAGUUCUUGUAUUAGUUAUACUAAAAUGAAAUUUUAAGAACCGUCAUAGUGAAAUAUCUGGAUAGUGAAAUUUAGUUAAUACCACGAAAAAAUUAACCACUCUUUGAUGAAUCACAAUCUGAUUUUUAAAUUAACUCACCUGAUGAUAAUUAAAAUAAUUUAUCUGGUAAUAAUAUGCGAAUAGAGCAAUCAAUUCAAGAUUCUACAAGGAACAAGUUAACUCAAAAUACUUUGAGUUUCUUUUAAGAAUUAAAAUGCAUCAAACCAAUUUAAGGAAUUAGUUAAGAUAUCUAUACACCAUUUUUAAGAUCUUUAGCCAAUAAAGAAAACGGAAUUUAGAUUGCGAUUAGGAGAAAUUGGAAAAAAAUUGGUACUAAGCAUGAAUUAGAAAUUAUAACCAAUUAAAAAUCAUAGGAAUAGAUUUAAUAAUCAAAUUAAAAUUCAUAAUCUAAAAGUGCACCAAAUUAAUAAAUUCAAGAAUAGUAAAGUAAACCUGUAGAUUAGCAAAGCAGAUCUGCAGCAAAUCCACCAACUUAAGAUUUGAGCAACUCUGAUGUUUUCGAAAUAAAGUGGUCUUCUUGGAUUAACACACAAAAUCUCAUAUACACGGCAAUAACUUAAUCAGGAGUAUUGACAGAUAAAGAAGUCAAGAAAUUUACAAUAUAAUACAAAAUUGAAAUGUUAGAAGAUAAGAAUUGUUAUUUGGUUAAAACCUGUAUUCCAGAAGUUGUUUUUAACAUUGAUACUGCUGAUGACAUUGCCUAUUUUGUUAACACAAUACAAAAAGAAAGAAUGCCAACAAAUGUAUACGUAGAUGACACAAGAAAAUUGACAUUUUACACAGCAUUAGUUUUAGGGAGCUAAGGACCUAUCUUAUGGGACAUCUUAAAGAUCAUGGAUAUUCAUCAAAUCUAUUUCUAUCACUGUUUAGAUUUUUAUGCCAAAAAUAUCAGUCCAGGAAAAUAAAUAAAGGAUGCAAAAUAUAGCAGUUUCUUAGUAGAGUUAAAAAAUCUAAUUAAAGAUUAUGAAUAUGAUUAAAAACAAAUUUAUUCUAAGAUCAAAGGCACCCCACAAGAAAGAGAAGGAUUUUGA